AUGUCCCACUCCGGAGCCCAGGGCAGCAUUGGGAGCCACCCAGCCAUGGGGCUGCGUGCCCACAAAAUGUACCUGUUUGAGUUUGAGAACUUCCAGGGUCGUAUGAUGGAGUGCAUCACUGAGUGCCGUAACCUGUGUGAGAAGAACUUUGAGAGGAUCGGCUCCAUCAGGGUGGAGUGUGGACCCUGGGUGGGCUAUGAGCAGCAGAACCUGAGUGGAGAAAUGUUCAUGCUGGAGAAGGGAGAGUACCCCCGCUGGGAUACCUGGAGCAACAGCUACAGGUGUGACCGCUUCAUGUCCGUCAGGCCCGUUCGCAUGGACACCCAGGACCACAAGAUCUGCCUGUUUGAGUGUAAUAACUUUGAGGGCCGUAAGAUGGAGGUGUGUGAUGAGGAUAUCCCCAGUCUGUGGUCCUACGGCUUCCAGGACCGUGUGGCCAGUAUCCAGGUCACUGGUGGAACUUGGGUUGGCUACCAGUACCCCGGUUACCGUGGCUACCAGUACGUGUUCGAGUGCGGUGUCUUCAAGCACUGGAACGAGUGGGGCGCCCACCAUCCCCAGAUCCAGUCCAUCCGUAGAGUGAGGGACAUGCAGACACAUCGCAGAGGCUGCUUUGAGUGGACCGUCUAG